AGCCUUUUUGUUUUUCGCCUGCGUAUGCUGCUUCGAUAACAUACGGCUUUGCAUUUGUUCGCGGUCCGCGUGUUCAUCCAAAAAAAAAGACAACAGCUCCAUUAAUCGACGCAUCGCACCGCAAUCGCCUUGCGCACCCCUUAUCCAACCCUACUAAUCUUGACGACACAUCCUUCAACGCCAACCUUGGAGCCAUCCCAUCUCUCAUCCGACAUCUCUCCGCCACGAGACCGCUAAACACAACCUCCCUCCUUCACACAUCUGCUGGCCACGGUGCGCCGCAGCCACCGUCAUGGAUCUUUUUAGACGAGCCGCAAAGGCGACCUCGACGUCGCCGCAACUGCCUACCGCCGACGAGAAGCCUACCACAAAGGCCGCUCGCCAGAACAGAUUGACCUCGCGACUUGCUUUCUUCAAAAGGCCCCUGCGACUCCGCGGAAACUCGAGCAUCUCGGUACCCCUCGGCGUCGUCAUCCUCUUUCCCUUGAUCGUCGUCAUCCUUAUCCUCGUGCUCUUCGUUAGACACCCGAGCUCGCCUGGAAGGAUAUUGAUGCCCGCAGGCGCUCCCCCUGCCAUCAGGAAAAUCAGCGAAGAGCACGACAAGGUUUUCGUCACCGGAUGCCUCGAGCCCGAUACGAGCAGACCCAAGGCCAACGGUGCGUUUGUCGUUCUGGCCCGCAACCAGGAGUUGGAGGGCGUCAUUCAAUCGAUCAAGUCCAUUGAGCGUCACUUCAACCGCUGGUACCACUACCCCUACGUCUUCCUGAACGAUGGCGACUUCAACGAGACCUUCAAGGAGGUUGUCACGAACUACACGUCUGCCCCCGUCGAGUUUGGCAAGGUCGGUCCUGAGAUGUGGGGUUACCCCGACUGGAUCGACCACAAGGUCGCAAAGGAGGGCAUCGCGAAGCAGGGUGACGCUGCUGUCAUGUACGGUGGCUUGGAGAGCUACCACGCCAUGUGCCGCUUCUACUCUGGUUUCUUCUACAAGCACGAGCUUCUCGCCAAGUACAACUGGUACUGGCGUCUCGAGCCCGAGAUCAAGUACUUCUGCGACAUCACCUAUGAUCCCUUCUGGGCCAUGAUCGAUGCCAACAAGACCUACGGCUUCACCAUCGCUGUCAAGGAACUUCGCGAGACUGUCCCCAACAUCUUCAGAUACGCUUCCGCCUACAAGCGUCUCAAGGGCAUCAAGUCCAAGGGCUUGUGGGAGAUGUUCGUCGACCCCGUCGAGAAGAAGGAAGAGCCGGUCACCGACCAGUCUCCCCUGCCCGAAGAAGUUCUGCGGGCCGACCCCAACCGCAACAACCUGCCUGAUAUCGACCCUGAAGCUAUGGAAGGCGAGUCGUACAACAUGUGUCAUUUCUGGUCCAAUUUCGAAAUUGCCAGCCUUGACUGGUUCCGCAGCAAGGAGUACGAAGAGUUCUUCGAGAUGAUGGACCGCAGUGGAGGUUUCUGGAUGGAACGCUGGGGUGAUGCCCCCAUUCACUCCUUGGCAGCCGGCGCCCUCCUGUCCCCUCGCGACAUCCACUACUUCCGUGACUUUGGAUACCGACACACCACUAUCCAGCACUGCCCCGCCAAUGCUCCAGCCCGCCAGCUGCCCAGACAGCCCUUCCUCGAAAAGACAACUCUCGACGACAAGAAGCGUGCCGAGGAAGACAAGUACUGGGACAACUGGGACUCUGAGAAGGAGAACGGAGUUGGAUGUAGAUGCCGAUGCGAUACGGAUAUUGUCGACGUCGAGGGUAAGGAAGGAUCGUGCCUUGCUGAAUGGGUUGAUGUUGCCGGUGGAUGGGCCAGCCCGUAAUUUCAACGACAACGCAUCGCAUAUGCAUACGAUGUCACGAGUCACAGCCAGUAUACGAGCUCUGGCGCCAGUCACGGAGGAAACGACAUAAAAAGGGAUUGUAUAUUGACGAAGCGGAGACGUCAGACUCCUUGUCUUCAGAAGGUUGUCUCAUUAAUGUUGGCAC